AUGAAAUUGGGGAAGGAGAGUGAGAGAAAGCUCAAAGAGAGACAAGAUGAACUUCUUAGGGCUCAAAGAAAGGAGGAAGAGGAAAUGAGGAAAAAACAGGAGAGAGAGGACAUUUUAAGGGAACUUCAAGAACAAAUGGAGUACACAAUAGCUGUGGAGGUGCCUGUGGUUGAUUGUGAGGACUUAAGCACUGAGUAUGUGAGGAUUAUAAGCAAGGAUGGUGCUGAUGAGGUGUUUCCAGGAGCCUCUCAACCACAACCCACACAAGAAUCUUCACCCUCCAAAAAACCUACUUCUCCUAAACCAAAACAAAAGGCCAACGUCAAGCCAACUACUCCAAAAGCUCCUAAGGUUCCUAAAGCCAAGAAACUGACCCCUAAGAGGAGACCCACCCCAACUCUGUUUGACCCUGCUGUUUGUUGUGAUCACAACACAACAAACUUUGUGGAGUCAUUCAAUGCAUGCACAAAACCAUACAGAGACAUGCCUGUAUUCUCAUUGUUGGAAGCAAUCAGAAAGUGGUGUAUGGAGAGGGUUGGGGCAAGAUUUGACAUGGCAAUUGAUAUGGAGGAUGGUCAGUUGACUGAGUAUGCCAAGAAAGAGGUGGAUGAAAGAACAGGAGAGUCUAGGUUCUGCUAUGCUACAGCCUGUGGUGGGGGGGAAUUUGAGGUCAGAGAUGCACAUGUGAACUUCCCCAUCAGGUUAUCAACUAGAAGCUGUGGGUGUGGGAAGUGGCAAAUUUCUGGAAUCCCCUGCAAGCAUGCACUCAGGGUGAUUUAUGACCAAAGGCUGAACCCCAUUGAUUUUGUCUCCCCAUUCUUCAAGUCUGCUGCAUACAAGCUUACAUAUGCAGACCACAUUCACCCCAUGUCAGACCCAACACAGUGGCCUAACUUUUCUCUCCCUACCAUUCAGCCUCCAGUCAUCAAAAGACAAGCUGGCAGACCUGCUAAGAAGAGAAAGAGAGGACCAAAUGAACCCAGGAAGGGGAAGAGAAACAACAAUGUGAAAUGUGGAAAGUGUAGGGAGUUUGGUCAUAACUCAAGGACAUGUAAGAAUGGAGGACCAAGCACUGGACCAAGCACUUCAGCAGCAGCAGGAGCAAGUACAUCACAAGGGGGUUCAAGGGGGAGGAAAAGAGCAAACACAGCAACUUAA